AGCCCAUGCAGUCACGGUUGGUCAUGUACCAAACACAAACAUCUCGCAGAUCAGUGGUCGAUACGCUGGUCCAGGAACAAAAUCAGCGUCUUUCACUCACAGUGGAGUGGACAGCCAGUCGUCAUAGCCCCUGAGCUUCUUGUCGUGAUAGCCAUACACGGGAUGGAACCAGUCCUCGAACUCCCAGCUCUUCCCCGGCACACGCACCUCCACCUCGGCGGGGGGCUUGAAAUCCACCAAACGGGGAGACACAGGAGACAGCGGCGAGAGGGACCCACGGGUUUGCGCAAUCCAGGGCUGCGCCGCCUCUUGUGCUGACCGCUCCUCUUGCGCCUUCUGCUGCAGCUGCCUCCUGCGCGUCAGCGUCCAAUGCCGCGUCAGUUUGUCCAGGUCGAGCAGACUCAGCCGCCUGCUGCCCUCUGCCUCUUGGAAGGCACUGGCCAUCUCGUGCUCGGGCACCACCUCUCUGAGGAUUUCCGAAAGGCCGGCGAGGCAGUCGGCCGUGUCGAAGGUGAUGGGCUUCGGCCUGGUUCGCCUGUGGUAAGGCUGGUCCUUCAGCUCAUGGCCGACGAGCAACGACAUGGUGUCUGGCUGCUCUCUGUGGUCGACGGAAUGAUAGAGCGCCAGCAGCAUGCAGGUGGCCGCGACGGUUCCUUGUGGGUGGUGGAGGGCAUCGUGCAGCCACCGCACCAGGUGUGAUCUCUGCUGAUAGGACCGAGUGCGAGGGUCGGGGUACAAAAGGGUCUCCAGCCGACGAUCGGCCUGUAUGUGAGACGUGCCGUGCAGGGGAGGGGAGACAUAGCAGUUGGUGUCUGUUGCACGCGCACCAUGACAAUAUCGGCUCCCGUCCUGAGCUGCUGAUCGAACUUCCUCACAGAAGCAGCAUGCUCCAUCGCAGCAGCUGCGAGGCGGUAGUGCACUGAUGAGGGAGGAAUCGGGGCCUCCCUGACACACAGAGACAGGGAUGGAGUAAGAUAGAGGUGGGUGAGUCCACGAUGCUCCCGGAUGGUCUUACGGCAUCUCGGUGUCUUGGAGUAUGUCGCUCUUGUCAGCCACUGGACGGAAGGGGACAGCCUGAACCAUGCACGUCACUUUGCCUUCAUAGACGACGAAAGCUAUGACCUUCGUCUCACUUACGUCAAUGUAUCCGUCGACCGACUUGUCAGAAACCGAGGAACAAUCCUGCAUCCGAAGGAAGGCAAAAACAGGAAACAAAGACAGCCUUGUUGGAGCCGCCCGUGUCUCAGGUCACCUCCGUCUCCUCAUUGUCUGUUUCAGCAGUUUGUGGCAAUGUGGGCACGGACCUCUCGGGCCAGGGUGUGUACAAAAACAGACGGCCCAAGCGCACAGGCUCGACAGCCGGGAAGGUGGGAACACUGGCACGGGUGUCAGGGCGGCCAAAACCCUGCACUCACACCCACACGACCAUAUGGCCACCGUACCGUGCUGAUAUCUGCGUUCUCACCGUGCUGGGUCCCGCAGCUGCCAUUCGUGGAGCAGGCGGCGGUGCAGCCUUUGGCUGCACUGGAGGUGGCACGGUCUUCUGCGCAGCGGCCGGCGGUAUUGCCUCUUUCGUCUUGCUUCUGACCUUAGCUCUCUGGUUUCGCACCAGGAGAAACCCGGCAGAUUUGAGUCGCGGCUUCAGGCCAAAUUUUUGUGCGAAGCCUGGGUGGAGCGACGGUGGGAUGGCAACCCUCUGAUAAAGAGACAUGCACAAAUGAUGGACGGACGGUGUUUAUCUCCUCCUCCCGUCCCUCACUUCCUGACCGGGAACAUGCGCCCCCUGAGGCUGUACUUCUUUAUCCGUCUGUGGAUCUCCCCUGCUGAUGGCAGGUAGGCGUCGAGCGACGACCAUACAGAGUCGGCCGUCUGCUUCUCAAAAUCCAACUUCAAGAACUGCAGGCAGGCGGGAAGCAUAGCAUAUGUGCACAUUGAUGACCAGAGGGGGGAUGCCGUGUCGUGUAUCACCCACCCUCCAUAUGAUUGGAAAGCUCGGCAGAGCGCCUUUCUCCUGUUCAGCUGUCUUGUCCUGCCCAUCAUCGCCCUCCUCUUUGUCUUGUUGCUUCCUUGGCGCGGUGAUGGCGUCAGGAUUGAAGGAAGCCCACCUGUCGAUCGGGAGACCGCAGAAUAUUUGCCUCACGCGAUAGCCUCCUGCACUGAUCAGGUCACACGCUCUUCUGACUUGUUGCGACGGCCUCUAAACCAAAUACAUUACAUAUGAGGUGGCACACCAGCAGAGACGCGUGAGAAAUGCUCCAUUCCUCACGUACCACUCUCUUUGCGGCGAGGUGUCCGAGCUGCGGCAUCAUGAGGCACCUUCCGAGCAUCCCACAUUCCCGUGUGGCGGCUUUCCACACAAACAGCAUGGGCCAGUUGACGCGAAACGGCCUCGUGUCCGUCAUGCGCGCGGCCAUGGACGGCCGGGCCGAGUGAACCUUGGUCGGAACUGCAGGCAGAAGCAUCCGAGACAUUGGAAUGCAUUUGGCCGACUGGUGUCUUGUCUUGCUCAGGUGGUACCUCGCUGGCAUGCGAAAGUGACGGGAAUCAACGUCAUGCUCUGUCGACAGACAGACACGCUCACUGAGACCGCUGUAUUUCAUGUCUUGCCGGUGGCGAGUACCUACCGGCAAGGGAAGGAGCUCUGCGAUGCCGAUAAAGAUGGCGGUCGUCGGGUACACAAAGUACCGAUAUCUGAGGACGGAUACAGAGAAUACAUGGGCAAAUGACGUCGCUUUUGUCCCUCCUCUGUGUGUCUUCUCUACCUCACUCGAAGAUCUGCUCUGCUGCGUAGAUGAUGUCCUCCAAAGGUGUCCCAUCCUUGAGUCUUGUCUUGACGUCAUCCUUCAGCCCCAGCUCAUUCAGGCUCAUCGUCACUGCCAGUGCCUUCUUCGCCCCCUCCGCCUGAGACACCGACGCCCUCGCUCGCGGCGCAAUGUAGCGAAUGGGGGCCGCAGGCACCGUCCAGGCGUCUUGCUUCAGCCUCUCCUUGGCCACCUGACGGGUUCGAUCUUCCUUGGACAGUGCUUCCGUGGCUGUGUCUGCGCUUGCCGCAGAGGGAGCCGCGGGGGCUUGCUUGGAUGGACUCGUAGCAAGCCUUUUCCCGCUUGCUUCGCCCUUGGCCGGCGGUAGGGAGGGAGAAGGCUUUUCAGGGAUGGAUUCUGCGGGUUCAGCCAUCGCUGUCGGCUCAAACCUGCACAGACAACGACAGCCACACACACAGACAGGCAUUGUGCCCCCGUCGAGAGAAGAAACAGAAUGUUGUCAGCUCACGAAAAUUUGUUGAUGAAGAGCGCCACGCGGCUGAGGUUGAUGGAGAGGGAGAGUUUGUCGUCGAGGACCGGCUUGAUGAGGUCGCUGAGGUGCUGAAAUGAGUGCAUUAGCUUGAGCUUGAGCUUGACUCGCCUGAGCUUCGUCUUUGCACCCAUGAGUAUCUUCCGCCUCUCCUCCGCCCUUUGCCUUUUGAGCUUCAUUGCUGCUUUUGCCGCAGCCGCAGCUUCGGAGAGCUGGCUCAGGUUGGUCUGGUCGUGGUCGUUGUCAAGCCGGAUGCCGCCACGAGGAGGGCUCGUCAUGGUUGUCAUGAUACCAAACGACGCACGGGGGGGAAGGGAAGGGGCUGGGGGAACAGUGGUUGGCGCGUUACGAGGGAAGGCCUUGUUGACGGGAGGGAAGGGC